UGUAUAGCAACAAAUUUCUAGUGGUUCAAUCAUUUACCAUUUAUACAUAAAUGGUUUAGUAUUUAAUAUCUAAACUGAACAUGCGUAUGUAUAAAAUAAAUGACAAAAAAGAAAAAUAUAGAUUUUGUUUUAUGGUCCGAUUUGCGGGUUAAUAUUUAUUAUUAUCUGCUCUCUUCUUAAAGCUUCAUCCUUUCUUUUCGUUUUUUCAUUUAUUUUUGUCCUGAGAAGAUGUUUCCUUCAGUGUGCAGCUCAAAGCCAGAAGAAGUUGUUACUGUUGAUGUGAGCCAAGCCAAGACUCUCCUCCAAUUUGGCCAUCAAUAUCUUGAUGUUAGGACCCAGGAAGAGUUUAGGAAAGGCCAUUGUCAGGCACCUCAGAUCCUGAACGUUCCCUACAUGCUCAGCACACCUCAAGGAAGAGUGAAGAAUCAAGACUUCUUGGAUCAAGUCUCUUCUCUUCUCAACCCAACUGAUGAUAUCCUUGUGGGUUGUCAAAGUGGAGCAAGAUCCUUCAAUGCCACAACUGAACUUGUAGCUGCGGGUUUCAAGAAAGUGAAAAACGUGGGAGGUGGCUACCUGGCUUGGGUGGAUCACAGCUUUCCCAUCAACAAGGAGCAGCAAUCUGCAAACUAAGAUUCCCUUCUCUUUAUUUCUCUUAUCAAAUAAUGUCAGUGUGAUGAUGUAGUAAUAAUAAUCUACAUAUUUGUAUUUAGAAUUUCAGUGUGCUGUUAUCAAAAUUCAAAAUGUAGUACCAAAUUUAAUAAAAGCUGUUUUUAUAAGUAAC